UAACCCGACGAGGGAAUCUCUUUCUGCUUCCCAAUGAAGUUUGACUCCGACGAUCCCCGUUGAAAACUUCUGUGGCGGUUUUUCUUUGGCAGAAAUUUCCAUUUCCAAGCUUUAGUUUCCAAUUCGACCAUGGCGAUUUCCGAUCUCUCACCGUUGUCCUUCGUGCUGCUUCUGUUGGUGACGGCGGUGGUUGUCGAAGCUAGGGACAACAACCGAGUUUUCUCACCUUGUAUUGACACGACUGUUGAGAAGUCCGACGGGUUCACCUUAGGGCUUGCUUUUGCGACGGAGCAGAAGUUCGUCUUCAAUAAAACAUUGAAGUUGUCUCCUUGUGACAGCAGGCUCGCUCUUACGAAUGGAAAUGCUCUGAUCUCUGUGUUUAGACCUAAGGUUGAUGAGAUCUCCCUCCUCACCGUCAACACUACUCCGUCUGUGUCCUCCUUCAAUCCGUCUUCACAUGGCUAUAUGGUUGCAUUUGCUGGUCGGAAAUAUGCUGCAAGGUCCCCUCCAAUUUUUGUCUCAGAUGGACAACAUAUCGUAACCAGCUUUACUCUGGUGCUCGAGUUUGAGAAAGGCAGGCUGCAAAACUUGUUCUGGAAAAGGGAUGGUUGUGCUCGAUGUUCAAACAACCAUACCUUUGUUUGCAUCAACAAUCAGGAUUGUGCAAUCAGAACAAACAACUGCAAAAAUAGUGGUCCUGUCGAUUGCAGUCUUGCGAUACAGUUAGCGUUCUCUGGCACGGAUAAGCACCUUUCUGUCUUCAACUCUUGGUAUGAAGUGUCGAGACUUCGGCAAUACUCACUCGUCGAUCUGUAUUCGAACCUCAAAGAUUCUCUCACAAGUCAGUAUAACAAGAUCUUCCAAUAAAGCAUAUUUUUGUUAAUGUAUAUUUCAUUUCCAUCCUUGUAACUUGGUUUGUGCUACGAAUUCCUUUCAAAUCUUGUGCAUUUUUCAUCAAUUAAAUGUGUGACAGUAGGGGCGGUACUAGUGUUGUAUGUAUCACGAACUCCUGGUUAAAUGUAAUACAAAAUCAUAGCGUUGAAUUGCUUCUCUCC